GCACGUAAAGCAGGUGUUCGAGGUUCGCUGCCCUGGCUUUCGCCGAGGGCGCGAGAUGAUCAUCACGUUUUGAAUCACUUUCAUGAUGAUACCACACAUCAUGUAAAUCGAGCUUGGUACAUCAAGAGAAGACUUGGCAAAAAAUGGCGGAGUCGUUUGGCACGAAGUUUGGUGGUUUCCCUGCAACAUUUUUGGCUUUAAAAAGAAGAAAGGCCGUGAUUUGGUGGUUCCUCCUUUGAGCCUGUGAGCCAUGAACCGCCCUUUCCUCCCAGACUCUGAGCAGCCGGAGGAAGCGGGCUCACAGCCUUCAUGGAGCUGGCUGGCUUCAGGAAAGGCCUUUCAUCAAGCAGUGUGUUGCCAAUUGAGUGCUUGUUCCUCCAGGCUGGAGUCAGCCUUGUCGACGGAGUCAGCCUUGUUGAAGAUGUUGAAGACGAGGCAUCCAGAAGCUCCAGAUCCCAGACUACUUGAAGCAAAGGUCCCAGCUCUCCUUGCUCAACUUGAAAGCUACUUGCAAGAAGGCUUCAAAGAUACACGUGUUUCAUCAGCCGAACCAGAUUUCAUUCAAGAUGUUUUGAAGCCGGUGGAGCAAAUCGCCCUCACACACUGCUGCGUGGUUUUGGGGCCAGCUGGUGCAGGCAAGACCACUUUGGUGAAUCAUUUGUACGGCUCCCAGUUUCACACGGGUCCGCAAGCUGAGGAUAAGACCAUUCAUGCACAAAGCUGUGUUCUGAAGCUCGAGAAUCUUCCGGACCAGAUGAAGGUGGUGCUGAUUGACACUCCAGGGUGGAGUCAUGAAACCAGCACAGAUAUCAAGAUGGAGUACAAAAAGAUCUUGAAAGAGAAGCAGCUGGUCUCAGAACACACCCCUCACAUCAUCCUUUUUUGCGUCUCGGUGUCGAACAUCCGCCAAUUCCAGGAGAAGGAGGCCAAGAAGAUGAGUGAACAGCUGGAAGAGCUCAAGUUUGAUCAACGCUUCCCCAUCAAAGUUCUGCCAGUUGCCACUUUCUCAGACACACAGGAUCCAAAAGAUUUGGAGAAGCUCAUGUCAACCAUCAAAGCACUUGCCAAGAAGGCCUUCCAAAAUACCGGAGCAGAGGUGGAAGAGCCCGAGUGGACCAUGUUCAAUGCACAUGAGGAAGCACGAGGGGUGAACGAAUUGAAGGCUCGCAUCAGCAAAAUGCUCCUUCAACAGGUCCAAUCUUCGCAGUUUUCUGACCUCUGGCAGAAGGCCUUUGCCAAGAGUGUGGCUGAAAGAACCAAGGAACAUUGCGACAGCUUCCCGGAGAAUGAGUCUCCGCUUCGCUUGUUCCAAAACGCCUUUCGCACAGUGGCCGCGUCUUGUGGGAGCGAAGUUUCUGAUGAUGAGACCAGCAGCAUUGGAGGUGGAGGACUUGCCGUGGGGCAUCAUCGAGAGCAUUCCACACACAACUGAACAGAUGUGGCAAUUUAUGGCAAUUUGUGUGGGUGUGCUUGGGAUUGUCUCGGGCACGUUCGCAGGCUUUUGUUGGGUUUUCCUUGGCAUGCUUGCAUGGUCUUGGGGUUGGCAGGCCUUGGCCACGAUCUCCUUUGCCACGAUCUCCGUUCUUUUGUUGCUUGGUGUGGUUUGCUCCAGCAAGUAUCCGUGGUGCAGGCACCAAUUUUGGCAGCAGGAAUGUGCGAACCUGUGGCCACUCUCCCUGACAGGGCACCGUUGCAGACACAUUCGCUCCCAGAAAUGGCAUCUAAUUGCUUUGCUGUUUUUCUUGAUGUGCGUGUUGGGCAUGCGUGCUUUUGAGUGGCGCAGCGCCAUGCUGCAGAAACAAAGGAGGGUAGACCACAUGACUCACAAGUACCACAAUUUGGCUGAGAAGUACAGCGAGGUACACGAGAAGUUCAACCAGACCUCCCAAAGUGCCACGCGGCUUGCCCAUGAGAAGGAUGACAUGGCUCACAAGUACCAUGAGCUGACUGAGAAAUACAGCGAGGUGCAGGAGAAGUUCAACCAGACCUCCCAAAGUGCCACGCAGCUUGCCCAUGAGAAGGAUGACGUGGCUCACAAGUACCACAAGCUGACGGAGAAGUACCGCAAAAUGCGGGGACAGUUGAACCGGACGUCCAAGCUUCUUGAGCAUCAGAAGGCCAUAUCCGAGCGAGAGCGCAACAAGGCAGCCAACAUGACAUUGAAGUACCAUGAGGUGGAAGAGCAGUUCGACCAAGCUGGUGAGGCUUGCAAGUGGUCUGAUCAGCGAGCUUAUUGCGAGCUCUCGACGAUGCUGGACGAUGUGCAAACCGCAGAUGAGUGCAGGGUGGCUUGCUGCCACCUGGGGUGGCAUGCAUGCACUGUGUGGCAAUUCUGCAUCAAUCACGACCCGGGUACAGUUGGUUUGCGCAGGUGUGAGAUCGGACAUGCAAAUGAUGAUGACUGCAAGGUUAAGGAAGGUGUGGUAGAGUCCGGGGGUCGGAGGAUUUGAUUCCGAUUCUCAGGGAAAGCACUAUAGUCGCGGCAGCUUUUGCACGAAGCAUGGGCUGAUUUUGGUGCCAAGCCUAGAAGCUGUUCGCCUUCAUUGAUCCACAGACACGUGCUUUGAAGAAAACUGUUGCGCUGACAGGGCCACAUGUGCUUGAAGGCCUUGAAUGCCGAAAGGCAUUUGACAUAUCUUGGCAACCUGUGAUAUGAAACUUGGAAGAUAUGUUUGAAGAUGCCCGGUUCAGUGGUCUUGUGGUUCCUCGUUAGGCUGCGCGGGGUGUGAGG